ACUCCUCCCAGCUCGGCGGGGGUGUCCCUCCCGGAGCUCGGUCAGCUCAGCUGCAGCUGCCAGCUCAGCUUCAUCGGUGUUCUCCUGGGAGGGGCAACUCUGACUUCCUCCCCAAACUUUAAACUAGAUGAACCAGGACAGCGUAAAUGCUUCUUUAAUUGCUUUUCUUGUAAAUCUGUCACGGUAGAGGGUGAUGCUGGGAGUAGACGGAAUGACGGGCAGGUAAGUUGCUGUUUUUACCCCGUUAGAAACGUUAGUAGCAAAAAUACAUAGCCUGAGGCUAAGCUAACGUCAUAUUGAAUGGCCAGUGGAAAGUUAGCUAACCGCUAUGCUACGUGACGAGACCAGGUUUUAAGUAACACCGAAAUGUUAUUUUCAUCAUGAACAUAGUAAAUGCGACGGUAUAAAGUUUGUUUUAGAUGUGGUACGUUUUCCCUAGAUAGUUAACCGACGAUAGCAUCAAGAUUUUAGCUUUUAUUAUUCCCAACAUUGGUGCCAAGAAACUGCGGCUAGCAAGCUAGUUAGCUGUGGAGAUUUUCAUCCUCCAAAAUUAGGAGUUUAUCAUCAGGCUGUAGUUAUAUAUGAUCUUACAUGGCCAAAGAGGCCAUUAUUACUCCUUAAAUAAAUUGUUGAAGUUGUAAUGGUGUUGGUAUACUGGGGUGAAAUGAUAGGUGUCCCUAAUAAUGUGCCCCCUCCUACCCUGUUUGUCAAUGAAUGGGACAAAAUAUUAGGAACCAUUAAGAAACACCUUCCAGCACACCACAAUCACUCACUUCCUCUUUAGUAAUAAAUAAGUCGUACUGCUAUCACUUGUGCUGACAAAAACUAAAAAAUUACAAUCUCAUGUAGGAUUUGUGGUAAAACUGUUGUAUUGGACAACAAUAGGUUGCCCAGUUGUUCAUAAUGUUAUGGCUGGCUGGUGGAUAUCGGAUCAGAGUAGUUAUUGUUAUUUCAGCUUAGCUUUAUUUAAUGUCCUUGCAGACAUGGUCUAAGAGGUGAUUAUUACUCUUAAAAUAAAUUGUUGAGGUUGAAGAAGUGUUGGUAUACUGGGUGUAAUGAUAGGUGUCACUAAUAAUGUGCCCCUUUUACCCUGUUUGUCAAUGUAGGGGACAAAAUGUUAGGAACACCUAAGAAACACCUUCUACUUUGUCGCACACCACAAUGACUCACUUCCUCUUCUGUAAUAAAUAAGUCGUACAGCUUUCACUUGUGCUGACAAAAACUAAAAAUGUACAAGUUCCUGUAAGUAGGAUUUGUGGUAAAGCUGUUGUAUUGGACAGCAAUAGGUUGCCCAGUUGUUCACAAUGUUAUGGCUGGCUGGUGGAUAUCAGAUCAGCUUGGUUAUUGUUAUUUCAGCUUAGCUAUUUUUAAUGUCUUUGCGUGCCCUACAAAGCCUCAGCACAUUUGCCUUGUAGUCAACUGGGCCACUCUGUAACCUUCUGUUGUCCCCAAAGUAUCUGGAUACAUUUUUAAAUAAGGUGUGGUGUGGAUUUGUGAAGUACUGUGGCACUGUGUGUUUAUGCAUGAUGUGUGAGGAGGAACUGCAGUGUCUCUUAGCUACAUUUCAGAGCCUCAUUUCCUUUACCAAAUUAGGUGAUGACUGCGCACUGAGUAAGAGUGUUAGUGAGUUCUUCAACUGAUUCACAUAUUAUUUCUGGUCUCCAGCUGCUGAGACAAGCACAGCACUUAAAGUAGGAGUAAUGUGACAAAUGAUAAACAUCGGUUCAGUCUUGCACCCAAGUGAUUUGUCAGCCUAGCAUUUCACAGGAACUCUGAACAAGUAAUGUACUAAUGUUUAUCUUCUUGUCCCAUGGACCAGCAUUGCUAAUGCCCUGGCCAGUGCGGCCUGUGAGAGAUGUAAAAGCGGCUUUGCUGCAACUGAGAAGAUUGUCAAUAGUAAUGGAGAGCUGUACCAUGAGCAAUGCUUUGUGUGCGCCCAGUGUUUCCAGCAGUUUCCAGAGGGACUCUUCUAUGAGGUAUCACACUCAGAUGUUCUUUAUAAUUCAUUCCACUAUUUAUUCUGGUAUUAUUUGGAAUAUUUAAAGGAAAUUUAUCUUUUUGUUUUCACAGUUUGAAGGAAGGAAAUAUUGUGAACAUGACUUUCAGAUGCUCUUUGCUCCUUGCUGUCACCAGUGUGGUAAGUGUCAUUGAGCUUUUUCGUGUAUGUCUACUAUACUUGUAGACAUAGAUGAGAAAGAAAGACCAAUGGCUGUAAUGCUACUUAAAUGUUGGUUAUUGGUUCUUACACAUUGUUAUGAUAAGUUGAGAUAUUUAAACCCUUGUUAUACCUUGUCUGCAAUGUGUCAAGCAUAAGUAAUGAGGAAAGCAGGGCAGAACAGUGCCGUGUAUGACCAUGUCUGAGUGAAUGUGUGUGUGUGGGGCCCUCGUGUGUUUACAACCCUCUCAUACUUAAGUAAUACUGUAAUGCGAUGUGUAAUCAGCAUAAUGUAUAAGUCAUGAAAGAGGACUGGUGGUGAAACUUUUUCCAGCGUUGUUAGGGAGUUGCCGUGUGUAAGAGGCUGUUGAUUCAGAUGUGGAAAAGAUGUUUCACAUAAACUCAGAUGUGUUACGACUAUUGUCUGGAGCUAAAACUGCUUUAUACUCUGGCACUAGUAAAAGAAAUAAAAAAUAUUUCUAAGAUAAUAGUUACAUGUUAAGUGUUGAGAUUUUAUUGUUACAAAUGUGAUAGAGAUGUGUCUUUUCUAUUCCUCCUUUAAUCCUUGGUUUGAAAUCUUUUCUGUAGUUGUUCAUACCCCACAGGCAAGACAUCUAUCCUUCAUAUUAUCCUUAUUUGAUUAAAAGAUCAGAUCUCAGUGUGAUUAUUUAGAUCUUGACACCCAUUUAUUAAACGAAGAAACCCCACUCACAUUAUAUUUGUACUUAAAGCCCUGUAAGCUUCAUUUAAAUUCCUCUCCACUGCGUUAAGAGAGAGCUCAACAUGGUGUAAUUAGAUUAAAUAGACAAUUAAACUGAAUUCAACAUUUAAGUAUCACUUUGAGAACACCAUAGAAAGCACUGCCGCGCAUUGUGGUAACACCAGACUAUAAUACUGCACUGCCCAUCAGGACCCAGAAAAGAGCAAAUUGUUUUAACAUCAUCGGAGAAGGCAAACACAGACCUUCCUCAAGCUGAUCUCUCGCACGAUUUCCUUCAGGGGAGUUCAUCAUUGGUCGGGUCAUUAAGGCCAUGAACAACAGUUGGCACCCAGACUGCUUCUGCUGUGACAUUUGCCAGGCUGUGCUCGCGGACGUCGGCUUUGUCAAAAAUGCUGGCAGGUAAGUAUCCCAUCUUAUUACAGCCUUAAUAUAACACAGUGACAGCCUGUAAAGCAGGUGGUUACACACAUGCCAACCUGGCGACUUGUACUUUGGGGUAUUUAUAAAUAAUGGAAUCCUGAGCAGCUGUGACAGAGCAUGUCAAAACAUAAUUUGAGGCAGCAGAGUAUUUCUUGAAACCCCUACAUUUUGUUCUCCUGCUCUCACCUCAGGCACCUAUGUCGCCCAUGCCAUAACCGUGAGAAAGCCCGCGGCCUGGGCAAGUAUAUCUGCCAGAAGUGCCACGCCAUCAUUGAAGAGCAGCCCCUGAUCUUCAAGAACGACCCCUAUCAUCCAGACCACUUCAACUGCAACAACUGCGGGUCAGUCUCUUUGCACUCCCUCCAGCUCUUUUCAGACAAAAAACAGCUCGGUAUAAUCUUUAAAAUAAAUUUCAGCUCCUCAGUGUCAAAACCUGUAUCUAUGUCUCUUUUAUGUGUACCAUUUUAUCUGUCUACACCCACAGCAAAGAGCUGACGGCUGAAGCCAGGGAACUGAAGGGAGAGCUCUUCUGUUUGCCCUGCCAUGACAAGAUGGGUGUACCAAUCUGCGGGGCCUGCAGGCGACCCAUUGAGGGACGUGUCGUCAAUGCCAUGGGCAAGCAGUGGCAUGUGGAGGUUUGUAGGCAGAAUUAAGGCUAUUAUCAGUACAGUUCAAACGGUGUUAAGUGAAAGUUGCAGUUUGUUGUUUUAAGAGCUGGUUUACUUAAAGAGUUCACUCCUUCAAAAGAAACAGAGUUUACUCAAGAAAUCACGAUUUUUGUUUGCUGUUUUCAUGAUAUGGUGUGUUUGGAGAGAAAUGAUCGCUAGAGGAGUUUGUCACGUUUCACCUUUUUAAAGUUGGUAAUGUUUAACUAAUAGUUAAGCACAGGAAAACCUAACUGAUCAAACAAGGCGCAAAGCAAAAAACCAUUAAGAAGCUCAUUUAGGGCGUGGGGAGCCUUUUAAAGAAAUCUUUCUUCUAAGGCACCUCGACAAGUGACUACCGUAUUUUUUGCACUAUAAGGCGCACUUAGAAUUGUUUUGGCUUGUCAGAGCACUGCAUCUACCAUAGCCUCGCAGAGUUAUUGAAUGAGUUAAAUAAAGUUUGACUUAUCUGACUGUUUUGUUUGGCUUAAUGCGCUUUAUACUCUGGUGCACCUUAUGUAUGAAAAUAGACGCGAAUAGACGCGUUCAUUGAUGGUUGCCUUAUAAUCAGGUGCGCCUUAUGGUGCGAAAAAUACAGUACACUGCUUACACUAUUAUCAGAAAAGUUCAGCUAUUUGAAAUAAGGUCGGUUGAUAAAACUAUGACAGUAACAUUGGAAUAUAACACCUGAAAAAUAUCCAAUAUAACCAUAAGUCAUUUUUUUAUAGUUCAAGUCUAUGUAAAAUACAUUUAUUCAUGUGAUGUUCAUGAAGUAUUUAUAAUUCAGACUACUAAAAAGUAAUCAGCCCCCUCUCCGUGUGUGUAGACAUCUGCUCUUCUUCCACGUGCCUUCAUUAAGGGUUUUCCCUCUUCCCCUCAGCAACAUUUGUUUUUGUUUACAGCAUUUUGUGUGUGCCAAGUGCGAGAAGCCUUUCCUCGGUCAUCGCCAUUACGAGAGGAAGGGGCUGGCUUACUGCGAGACUCAUUACAACCAGGUAAGAAGAGAGGAGGUUGGAUUCAGGGACAUGACAGGUGUCACGUGGAGUAACACAGGACUAAUGAUCCCUAAAUACCUCAAAUAAUUAAUAUCGGUGUAUCUUGUUUGUGUCCUGCUGUCCAGCUCUUUGGAGAUGUGUGCUAUCACUGCAACCGUGUGAUUGAAGGGGAUGGUGAGUACUUUCUUUUUGACAGUUUACAUGAAAUGUUGCUCAAAUAUUUAAUUGUUAAAUUGACUAAUGUCCUUAUUUUCCUUUCUUUGUGAUUCUAUCAGUGGUGUCUGCUCUCAACAAGGCCUGGUGUGUCAGCUGUUUCUCAUGCUCCACCUGCAACACAAAACUGACUCUCAAGUAAGUCAAGAACCCCCACAAGUGUUUCUUCUGCUCACUUAGUAUGUGUAAAACUAGCAGUUGGUUGCCUUUAACACUUCAAUGUAACCACUACUUUGUCUUGUGGUACUUAAGAUGUCUUUGUGUGUUUCAUUUUCUGGCUACAACUCUUCCCUCCUCUUUUCUUCCAAUUUCUCCUCUUACAUGCUUCACUUGCUGCCUCCAUGGUAACUCAGAGAUAAGUUUGUUGAAAUUGACCUGAGGCCAGUGUGCAAGCACUGCUAUGAGCGCAUGCCUGAGGAGCUGAAACGCCGUCUGGCCCGACGUGAGCGUGAUGCCAAAGAGCGAAAGAAAAAACCGGCUGUGUGUCUGUAGAGUUAUUAUUCUUCAUAACUCAGCACUCCAUCUUUUGGUUUGUGCUCUCUCUGUUUUCCCCGUGUUUGUGAUGUUCUCUGUUUUACCCUUUGAAGACGUGGCAUGACUCUCUUUUUGUACACAGCAGCAAGAGUGUGCUUGUGUUUGGAGUUUAUGUUGAUUGUGCAAAACCUUUGAAGAACUGAUUAUUAACAAUGUCAUAGAUUAUAUGUCUGUCGUACUUUUGAAACUCUGCUUUCAGAUGUAGACGAUUUAGGUUGAAUGAGGUGAGUAAUCACUGUUGAGGGCUAAAGGGGCCAAACUACAACAAAGUGCAACUGUUUCUGCAGUAAUUCCAGUUCACUAAGGUUGUAUUUUAACAUACAGUUUACCUGCUGUGAUAAAAACAGCUGGAUAUUCAUGAAGGAUGCAUGUUAAAAAAAGGGCAUGUCCUACUGGAACAUUAAUAUGAUUUAGACUGAAUUUUGUUCUUACGACUCGUGGUCUUUUUUUUCCUUCUUUUCAGGAACAAAUUUGUGGAAUUCGACAUGAAGCCUGUGUGUAAAAAGUGUUAUGAGAAGUUCCCUCUGGAGCUGAAGAAAAGGCUCAAGAAGCUGGCUGAGUCUUUGGGACGCAAGUGAGCUGCUUCCAGCCAAACAACCUGGAAAUCCUCCCACUGUGUUUGUUGUGGUAAAAUAUUAUAGAGAACUGCUGCCUCAACCAGCUAAAAAAAAAAUCAGUAGAACAAUAUUUAUCGUUGAAAUGAUUAUCACUGUGGUGUUGUCACAAAACUGCCUAUUAUAUCUGUUUUUUUGUUUGUUUUCUAACAGUUUGGAUAUAUUUUUUAAAGGCAUUCCUAAAUUGUCCACUUCCUUAUUCUUCCUUAAAUAAGACGUACUGUAUCCAUCUUUGUUCAAACUUUACCUUUAGAAGAAUUGCUCACCUUUUUUUAAUCUAAGAUUAAAGAUAAGCCUUUUAGAAAUUAAUUUGCAUUCGACUUAAUAACCCACGUGCCUUGAACAUAUAAACUACGUGUCUUAAAAUACACAUAUUAGUGUACAUGUAACUGACAUAGUUUUGCCCCAGUAUUUCUAUCUUAGCUAGGAAAAGUAUACACAGAAAUAAAAAAGUUUGGAUUUGUUAUUAUUCAAGAUGAGACAACGAGGGGGUUUUAAAGAAGCAAUGAUCAAAUGUUGUGUUUCUCUGACUUCUGUACUGUCUACGAGAAAAUAUAUGUUCCUGUUAAACGCGUAAAUAUGAGCUAUUCCUGAAAGUAUUGAAAGAUCAUGAAGUAAAGAUGCAUCCACUAGAUAUAAUACCAAUCUGUAUUUAACCUACAUGGACUGAAUAGGUUCUGAUACUCUAUAUUGCAAUGAAAUAUCAAAGCAUUGAAAAUUAGAGAUGCUACUGUAACCAAUAAGUGCUGAGACUGCUGUUUGUACAGUAUGCCUUCUCUGUUGUCAUGUUUCUGCUUGUACUGUAAAUGCCUGUGGUUGUUAGUUGGAUAUUUUUAGCUGGAUGAACGUUUGCAGCUUUCUGAGGGGAACAGUUCAAAGGAACCCAGAUGAAAUGAACCUUCAGCUGAUUUUUUUUUAAGACUGAUGAAAUAUCAUUGAUGAGUCAGCAUCUUGUGGAGGCUGUUUGUAGCCCAGCAGAGAACCACACAUCAAGAAAUGACUUUGGCUUUAAGGAUUUUUAUUAUUGAAAAGUUUUGCAUACAUUUUAUCUGCCAGACUUUGUUACAUUGUUUUUAUUAAACAUUAUGAUUUGCUGCAGCUCAUAUACUCUAUCUUACAAACCAAUAAAGAAUGUCUUAAAUCAUCACCGUGGAUUUCAUUAAACACGGAGAGCAGAAACAAAA